AUGACUGUAGCGGUGGUGCAACGAUCGGAAAACCUUCGAUUCGAACCAGUCGCAACGGUCGGCGGUUCUCGAACUCUACGGUCGGGAUUUUGGGUGGGUCAGGUCCGGGACUUCACUACGAGUCGAACGGAACCGGUCUCGGGGGCUGGGGUGGCCAGAGGUGAUGGCGGCGUGGAAAAUUCUGUUCAGGUGAACAGUGACGAGAGAGAGAGAGUUCGCGGGAGAGAGAGAACGCACGGGAGAGAGAGAGAGGAAAGUGAACUGAAAAUGGAAAAAUCUGAUUUUUUUUACAAUUACCUUUUCGACUUAUUUACGAUUUUGCCACCGGAAGAAAUUUCAUCGCCAACACUUCGUUAUAACUCCGAUUCAAGCCUACCGCCUGUCUACGAAUUCAUCUCAGAACCACUUACACAACUAAACCACUUGUGGUCCCAAAAUCCUUCCGGACAAGAAAAUGACCAAAAUACCCUACCCCAAGGGUAG